UCACAAUUACGUAUUUCCGGGACCCAGCGGAAGGACAGCGUUCACUCAAUCCCGGAAGCGAAGUCAAGGCGAAGGAAUCUACUCUAAAGAUGAGCGAACCAGAGCUGCUGCUGGACUCCAAUAUCCGGUUAUGGGUGGUUCUUCCAAUUGUUUUCAUAACAUUCUUUGUUGGGAUGAUUCGUCACUACGUGUCCAUCUUGCUCCAAAGUGACAAAAAGCUCACUAGAGAACAAGUGUCUGACAGCCAAGUCCUAAUUCGAAGCAGAGUCCUCAGAGAAAAUGGAAAAUACAUUCCAAAACAGUCUUUCCUGACACGGAAGUAUUUCUUCAAUAACCCAGAGGAUGGAUUUUUUAAAAAAACAAAAAGGAAGGUAGUGCCCCCUUCUCCAAUGACAGAUCCUACUAUGCUGACAGAUAUGAUGAAAGGGAAUGUAACCAAUGUUCUACCCAUGAUCCUCAUUGGCGGUUGGAUCAACAUGACGUUCUCGGGAUUUGUAACAACAAAGGUACCAUUUCCUCUGACACUGCGCUUUAAACCAAUGCUGCAGCAGGGAAUUGAGCUGCUCACUUUGGAUGCAUCCUGGGUGAGUUCUGCUUCAUGGUACUUCCUGAAUGUGUUUGGACUUAGAAGCAUUUACACGCUCAUCCUGGGUCAAGAUAAUGCUGCAGACCAAUCUAGGGUAAUGCAGGAACAGAUGACAGGAGCAGCAAUGGCCAUGCCCGCAGAUACUAACAAAGCCUUUAAGACAGAAUGGGAAGCUUUGGAAUUGACUGAUCAUCAGUGGGCAUUAGAGAAUGUGGAAGAAGAGCUCAUGGCAAAAGAUCUACACUUUGAAGGCAUGUUUAAGGAAGAGUUACGGAUGUCUAUCUUCUGAAAGCAGAGCUGAGUCUGAACAUAUGCUUUGCAUUUUCAUGCAAAAGGCGUUUUUAAAAAAAAAUCGCUUACUUACUAAAAUACACUGUACUUUUUGAUGCUCAGAAUAAAAGAGACCAUGUUCAGAA